AUGAAGCAAUUCAGCAACUCUAUCGCGUCGUCGUCCUCGUCGUCAUCCGUGCCGUACACUAGUUUGGGGUCGGGGAAAACCACUUCCAAGCAGUCCUCCGGCUCCACCAUCAUCGACACAGGGAUGUAUCUGCGUGAUUGGCGGAAAGCGCUUCGUUCGCCUCCUUCGUACAGGAUAGGAAACAGAACGAUACGGUUGCAGGUGCACUUUACCUGGGUGCUAGCGAUAUUGUGUGCGUUCCUGCUGUUGGUGCUGUACAUCUCAUCCAGCCCGGCGCCAUUAAUCAGUGAUGCACCAGCGCCCACGAACAGCUUUCUGCGAAAUUCGGUCAUAGUGUACAACCACACGUACCCGUUGACCAGUCCGAUCAUUAGCAGCGGCAUAUAUUCGUUCCGGAUAGGAAUUAUAGCCGAUCUCGAUACCAGCUCGGCGCUGAAGAAGAACCAAUGGGCAAGCUACUAUCUGAAGGGCUAUCUCAGCUUCAUUCCUUCGAAACGAUCGCUCACCGUGUCCUGGGACGAUGGUGAGCCGAAGGCACUACAAUCGGGUUUCUCGUUGAAAGGCCGAGGGAUGGAGCUGUCCGAGUUGGUCGUGUUUAACGGCAAGCUGUUAACGUUUGACGAUCGUACGGGGUUGGUGUACGAGAUCGAUGGUGAGAAGGUGCUGCCCUGGGUGCUGCUGAUGGACGGGGAUGGCCGUACGACGAAGGGGUUUAAAUCGGAGUGGGCCACCGUGAAGGAUCAGGUGCUGUACGUCGGUUCGAUGGGCAAAGAGUGGACGACAUCGGCAGGGGAUUUCGAAACGAACGAUCCCAUGUACGUGAAGGCGGUCACGGUACACGGAGAGGUGUAUCACUUAAAUUGGGUCAACAACUACAAAGCCAUCCGUAAGUCGAUCGGCAUCGAAUGGCCUGGGUAUAUGAUUCACGAAUCUGGCGCUUGGUCGGAGGUGCACAGGCGAUGGUUCUUCUUGCCGAGGCGCUGUUCCCGGGAGCGGUACAAUGAAACGCGGGACGAACACAUGGGCUGCAACUUUCUCAUAUCGAGUGACGAAACGUUCCAAAGUAUUCGCGCGAUCGAACUCCGUCGGAACAAUGUGCCGUCGACGCACGGGUACUCGAGCUUCAAGUUCCUGCCUACGAGCAACGAUGAAAUAAUCGUUGCCCUCGGGACGGAAGAGCUGAACGGCAAAACGUCCAGCUUUAUCAGUGCGUUCACCAUCGAAGGGGAGCAGCUGAUGGUGGAAACGCGCAUUAACACCGAGUACAAGUACGAGGGACUAGAGUUUAUCUAG